GUGUGGAAUGAUUAUAAUCCUAGUUGGAGUGGCUUUGUUUGGUGGAGUGUUUGGAGCUGGCCAGCAUGAUGCCGUUUUCAAAAGUAUCGCAUCUACAGGCGGAGAAUGCGCACGGUAUCUGAACAAUGACGGCACCGGAGACUGUAACACACACUGUGUAGCAGUGGUUGAUCACGUUUGGAAUGAUACUGUGGCCAUGUUCACACGGAACUAUGAGAGGUUCUUCGUUCCGGUUCCAGAUGAUCAAUGCUACCAAAAUCGUACAUUGCGUUGUUUAGCGCAGGUGGACAGUGUAGUACCAGUUGCCGACAAGUGCGCUAGAGCACAGCAAUUGGGACAGUGUUACGCUGAUCAACAUGGGCAGUUGAACGCCAGCCAGUUGUUCUACAGACCAAUGACGAAUAUUCAAUAUAACAGAGUUUUUCAGCAAUGUGCCUCAAUGCUGGGUCUCUCGAACGAUGAUCUGAAGGAAAUGGCUGCAAAAGGCGUCCAAAAUGUAGCAGCGUCUGCUUGUUUGAUGCGAUGCCUAUGGAUUCGAAUGGGGAUCUACAGCGAUGAUGUGGGUUUCGAUUUGACCCUGGCAACGGGACAGUGUGGGAAGUACAAUCCGGCAAUGGAUCCUGUUCCGUGCCAGGCCAGGCUUGUAGCGGAAGAAUGCGAUAAGUGUAAGAGGGCUAUUCGACAAGCUCAAGAAUGUCUGGAUCUUCGCUUUAGUGUUCAGCAAUUGGACGAAAGUCAGCCACCGCAGUUGAAGUUUAACUUGGAAAUUUACGAUUUUAACUGUAUUUUGAUUUGUGACUUUGAAAUUGAUUUUUCGUAAAACUGGUUUUGUGGAAUAAAUAAAAACGCAAUAUAAUAUAAUAUAGUGAUAAAGCACAUGCU